CCGUCUUCCUCAUCUUCCUUUCUCCCAUUCACUCACUCUCAACAAGCAUACUCACAAUCCUCAUCACACCACGCAUCUCAGACGAUGCAAGGCUCUCCCUGCUCUCCGACGCCUCGUAGUGGGCCGGUGCGUGCCCUCAUACCGUCAAACGUCGGCAGCCCACCCCGACAGGGACGCGCGACGUCAUCGACAGACAGGCGGCGUCAUAUCGUGACCGCUGCAGGAUUGCAAGCAUGGAGGCGACAGCCGGCACCUUCACGCUCUUCAAGCCUGGGUAUGGGGAUGCAGAGUACCCCGGGACGAACGUACGGUAGCUCCAAGCCGUCAAAGUCGAUCGGAACGCAGAGUACGCCAGCCAAGGCAGAUGAUGGGCAGAGCUCAACGUCGGUGUCUUCGGCUUCGGCAUCCGCGGUGCGUCGGAUCAGGCCGCUCGGAGACCUUGCACACUUCGAUACCACCAGCUCGAUCGAGUCGAUGCCGCCCAGUAGCCUGCCGUCGGCCUUUCGUCGCAUCGAAGGCAUUGCUCGACCCUCAAGCCAGUUCCAUUCCUCUCGCUCUCGAACGGUGAACUCUUCGAUACACUCCUUCACCACAGAGAGUAAUCACUCCGAGGUAACAGAAUACCACGACCAAACCGUGCCGCUCAACGAUGCGUACUUGACUACUUCUGCUGGUCAUUCCCAGCCCACUCGGUACAGUCACGCCGGGUCUAGCCAACACAGCACGAGCCGCGGGCGGACUCCAAGUAAUCGUGGAACCGCUAUCAAGCCUACGAAGACAAAGGAGACGAAGAAGCGGAUGCGGGGAAGCCCACUCGACGACGUCAGCGAUUAUUCCUUCUUUGAACGACCAGUGCCACUACAGGACGACUCAGUCUUGACACCGACAGCCGCCAAGUUGCUUCUAUCCCGCCCGACGCGUCUCGAAUCUCUUCUCUUCCAGCCGUCUCCGACGCCACAGGUGGCCGAUCCUGUCACCCCGCCUCGCCGACUUCAGCCUGCCCGUCGUCGAGCUCCUUCGAUCGGUGGAGCUUGGGAUACUGGUGUCGGCCGUGAAGUGCCACUAUCUGGCCCAACUUCACCAUCACCGGUUCGCGCAACCCUCAUGACACCUGAAGGCAUUCCGGACGUCCUCGAAUUCCCAAGUUCUCUGAGGAAAGCGAAGAAGGGACGGCAUUCGAAUAGCUGGGAUGACGUGGGAGGACGGGUUGAGCUACCGGAACUGGACCACGAGGUGGCGGAGCGGCGCGUCCCCGAAGACCUCUUGCAGUCCCCGGACCACAUCGCCAGCGACUGCAGCAAUCAGGAGGCACCAUCAGAAACUCGUGCAAGUGACCACGCGGGGGCCGAUGUCAGCUGGGACGAGGGAAUCGUCAACGACGCAGCUUUCGCCGAAGAAGACCGAAACGCCACAGACAACGACGAGAGCCUCAACUUAACAGUCCCCAUGUGGCACGAUCCAUGGGGUUUUGGGUAUAUGCAAGAGUGGGUUCGAGGCCGACAGCCCCAGGUCUACAAAGCAUCGUCAGACCCUCCCACACCCCACAAGCGAGCUCUCUCUCCAAUAACCUUCUCGCCAUCUCCAAGCGCUUCAAGCGCGGAGCCAGGAACCGGUGAAAGUGGGGAAGCGGAGGGAUCGCCGUCCCCCACUCUUCCGGCAAGGAGGGGAAGGCGAAGACACAAGGCGGGACGAAGUUGGCGAGGAUCACCAGCCCUCGCGAGGAUGACUGGGAAACGACGGCGGACUUCAUCGGCUCCAUCUGGCCCAAACAGGAACAACAGUGUCGACUCGGACCAUGCUCCGCGAUUCGACCAUAGCGACAGUAGCGACGUUAGCGCCACUUCAUUACCACCACCAGCUCUCUGCCUGCUGGUCGACCUCCGAACCCAACCCCGAACCCCUUGUUAUCUACCCCCCUGCCAUGAGCGUAAACGCCACCGACCGAGGCGACGCUGCGGUCGAGGGCUCGCUCGUGCGCGCCCCCUCGCACCAACCACACAGCUCCACCCUCGUCCACACGACCUCUCACCACGCACACUUUGACGUCCCGAACGAGGGCGACGAGGACCACCACAACCCACCCCAGCGCUCAGUCAUCGACAUUGAACAUGUCCCCGUCGACGACGACCCAAGAGCAUGGAGCUCGAGGAAAAAGACCUUCGUCCUCGUCCUCAUGUCUGUCGCGGUCCUGGGUCCCAUGAUCUCGCCCAGUGUCUACAACCCCGUCAUUGACGAAGUGAAAUCCGACCUGCGCGGCAGCGAAACACAAAUAGGUCUCAGCUUGAGCAUCUUCAUCUUAAUCCAAGGAUGCUUCCCUGUCGUGUGGGCCACCAUCGCCGAGAUCAUCGGUCGAAAGCCUGUAUACAUUGUGUCGUUCGUCAUCUACACUGUUGCCUCGGCUGUCGGCUCGCGCUCGCCGACCAUGCCCGUGCUCAUCGGCAUGCGCUGCCUGCAGGCAGUCGGCAGCUCGGCAGUGCUCGCGCUCGGUGCCGGCUCCCUCGCCGACAUGUACGAGGUGGAGGAGAGAGGCAAGAAGCUGGGCCUGUACUACGGCACGCCGAUGCUCGGUCCCACAUUAGGCCCCCUUAUCGGCGGAGCUCUCGGCAACGCGUACGGCUGGCGCGCGACGCUCUACUUCCUCGCCGUCUUUGCCUUCAUCAUGACGCUGCUCUUCUUCCUCUUCCCCGACACAUGGCGCAAGGAGCGCUCCAAGCUGUACCAGAAGGCUGUCAGCGACGCGCUCAAGCGAAGCCUCAAGGCGCAGGCGCAUGCCGAGAAGAAGCGCCAGCGCAAGCUCGCCAAGGGACUGGCCAGUACCGCCACAACGCCGGCUCUCACCGCGCCCCCGACUGGAGCACACACCCCGGCCACAAGGCCAGGUAGCACGCACAACGGAUCAGACACCCACGUCGACCUCGAGGCUGGCGCCGCUACACCCCGCAAGCGCCGCAUGCCCAAGUGGUGGCCGCUCGGCCCGACCGACGACCCAGAGGACAUCAAGCCCGAGCUGCGCGACAUCAACCCCAUCCCCAUGGUCAUUAGCACGUUUGCGUCGCCGACCAACUUUGUCAUCCUCGUCAGCUCUGGUGUGCUCUUCGCGGCGCAGUACACGUCGACAUACACAGCCGCCGUGACGUUCAGCCGUGCGCCAUACAACUACAACCCGCUGAUCAUCGGCGUCGUGUGUCUGAGCUUUGGCGUCGGCAACAUUCUCGGUAGUGUCGUCGGAGGCCGGCUGUCGGACCGCAUCCUGCAGCGCCUCAAGGCCAAGAACGGGGGAGUGUCGGUGCCCGAGUUCCGCCUCAUGAGCACACUACCCUUCAUUCCGUUCAUGGUCAUCUCGUUCCUCAUCUACGCGUGGACGAGCGACAAGAAGACCAACAUUGCCGGGCCUGUCGUCGGUCUCUUCUGCGCGGGCUUCAGCAUCAUGCUCGCGUACGCCAGUCUGCUGGCGUACCUCGUCGACUCGAACCCCGGCCGCUCGGCUUCUGCCAUCUCGUGCAACUCGUUCUGCCGCGGCAUCGGCGCGUGCGUCAUGUCGCAGGUCGCCAUCCCGAUCCAGAACGCCAUCGGCGACGGCGGCCUGUACACGCUCAUCGCGGGCCUGAUCGCGCUCGCCGGCGGCGGCAUCAUCGUCAUCGCGUACAAGGGCGAGCAGUGGCGCUCGCCCGACCACCGCUGGGCGUGGAGCAAGGACAAGGGCGGCGAGAAGGGCAAGGCGGCCGAGGUGGUUUCGUACGCCACCUCGCACACUGCUAUUGAGCCCGCAGGCGACAAGGAGAAGGCGUAGGCGAGUUAGAAUAUAUACUUGUAUCAUUGAUAGACAGCAUCUGUAGUGCAUCUUCUGCAUCAUACCCA